CUGAUGUAUUCACUUGUUGUUGCGGGAAAUACAUAAUAAAGAACACUCUUCGUAACACUGCGUAUCCGUUACGACCACAGCGGGCAAUAAGCACUGCCUGUCUGUGCAAGUUGUGUCGAUAAAGUUUUAUUCAAAGUCUCUCUGCCGCAGCAAUGGCAGCUCCCAUGUCCUGGAGGAGGCUGGUGUACUCCGUGUACUCACCGGCCAUCACCGGGGUGUUCACCCGAAUAUCUGACCGGCUUUUCCGCGCGCGGGACAGAAGAGGAGGGUCCUCGGUGCUGCUGCUGGCUCCCCUCCUGGCUGAAGCCGACCCGCCCCCCCGACAUGUCUCCAAGCCCACAGCCGGAGCUCAGGGCGCCGACGGCCUCUGUGGCCACUUCCAAUGGAUGGCGGAGCACGUACCCGCCUUCCGUGUGCCGGGCACCCACAUCCACAUCCUCACCUCACCCGACCAGUUCUACCAGGCGAUGAAGGCGCGGAUCAAGACUGCGAGGAGGCGCGUGGUGAUGGCCUCGUUGUAUCUAGGAACAGGUCAGCUGGAGCAGGAGCUGGUGGACUGCAUGGAGGAGGCUCUCCGCCGCUCGCAGGACAACCGCGACGCCCCCGACCUCAAAGUCUCCAUUCUGCUGGACUACACCCGCGGCUCACGAGGACAGACCAACUCGAGGACCAUGCUGCUGCCGUUGUUGCAGCGCUUCGCCUCUCAGAUGAGGGUGUCUCUGUACCACACGCCAGACCUGAGGGGGCUGCUGCGCCGGCUGGUCCCCGAGCGCUUCAACGAGACCAUCGGAGUCCAGCACAUCAAAGUCUACCUGUUUGACGACAGCAUCAUCAUCAGCGGGGCCAACCUGAGCGACUCGUACUUCACCAACAGACAGGACCGCUACGUGCUGCUGGAGAACUGCAGCGAGGUCGCCGACUUCUUCUCCGACCUGGUGGAAGCCGUGGGAGACAUUUCCCUACAGCUGCAGCCCGACGACUCGGUCACCGUGCAGGAGGGCAUGGUGCACCCGUACAAUGGCAACAGGCAGGACUUCUCAGUGGCGGCGAGGAAGCGCAUCAUGGAGGUGGUGAACACGGCCCACGUCAGGCAGCAGCUGCUGAACGGCUCGGGGGCGUCGGAGGACGAUGGGAUGAGCGAGGGGGAGGAGGACACCUGGGUGUUCCCGCUGGUCCAGAUGAAGCCUCUGGGGAUCCAGGUGGACGAGCAGGUCACACAGCGCCUGCUGAGUGAAGCCGGUCCGGACUCCAGCGUGUUCCUGACGUCGGGCUACUUCAACCUGACGCGGGCGUACAUGCGGCUGGUGCUCGGGGCCGGCGCCAGCUACCGCAUCCUCACCGCCUCCCCCGAGGUCAACGGGUUCUUCGGAGCCAAGGGCGUCGCCGGGGCGAUCCCCGCAGCGUACACGCACAUCGCCCGACAGUUUUACAACCAGGUGUGCCGGCUGGGCCAGCAGGAGAGGGUUCACCUGCACGAGUACCAGAGGUCACAGUGGACCUUCCACGCCAAAGGUCUGUGGUAUUACCUCCAGGGGCAGCAUCGGCCCUGCCUCACUCUAAUCGGCUCCCCUAAUUUCGGUUACCGCUCGGUUCACCGUGACCUGGAGGCCCAAAUCGCCAUAGUUACGGAGAACGAGGAGCUGCAGAGCCAGCUGCAGGAGGAGCAGGAGCUCUUGUACCAGCGGUCCAGUGAGGUGUCCGGCUCCACGUUCGAGCGGCCGGACCGCCACGUCAAGCUGUGGGUGAAGCUCGUCACUCCCUUCAUCAAGAACUUCUUCUAAGUCGCCCCCAGGAGUGAGUCUUCUCCUUGAGUCUUCUUCUGCGUUGAGGUCGAGUUGGAGGUCUUUCCGCAGACGGGAUACUUUACCACCGGCAUGCUGGGUAAUCUUCAGCCUCCUCGGCUUUAACCCUCAGCGUGUCCAGGAACUGACCUCUCGCACACAGAGGAGGAAGUUAAAAACAUUUCUAACCUGACCAACUGUUGCUCUGUUAGUUUUAACAUCUGAUGUCAUUACACAUUUAAAUGUUUUUUGCUACACGCAUUAAAAAACAUUUAAACUACUUCUCCUACUGCAGAUACCUCUCUGAGGACGUGCUGCAUGUAUUCGAUAUUGAUAGCAGCUGUAAUGGUAAAGAAUUACAAUCCCAUGAGGGGCCUUAAGACGUCUGAAAGAGUUUACAGCAGCAAUCGGAGCUCAUCUGUACAGUGUUAUCUUUGUAUAUUAAAGGAUGUGAGUUUUUACAAUGACUUCAAA